AUGGUUUGGGUUGUCGUUCCGCUUUGUGCGGCAGGCUCUGGUGUGAAAAAGUGCUUGGCACGGAUAUGGGAGAGGAGCCCCGCCUUAGUUAGGUUCUCUGGGCCCACGGCGUUCGCAUUGGAAAGGCGAACCGUUGUCCUUCUUUUUGGCCUUUCGUGGGCGGUUGCGUUCUGCAUUGGGCAAUUGCAGGUGGUGGAAUUCGCAAAGGUGCUAUCCCAGCCCCCUUUUGUCACCUAUACGACGCGGUGCGCAAAUGACAGGCAGAAUCUUUUCAACGCUUUUCUUGCGAGCGAGUUCAGACCUGUUGUUGUGUCUCAUGUUGUGCGUUUUGGCCUCGCCUCUGGGGAAGGGGGUGCUGUAGCGGGAUUCCCGGCGAUUCUGCAGCAGUUGGGUGUUUGGGUUUCUGCAUGGCGUGAGCACAUGCGACUCCAUGUUUUCUGA